CGCGCGCGCGGAGGCGGUCCGGAGGCUUACCUCGUCUCUGCUUCUUGUUCUUCUUCUCAGUGCUCAGUGCAGUCGUUUCUCGCUGCCUCCACCACCACCACGCGACUUUAAAGAGCAAAAAGGACGACUUGGAGCGAGUGAGAGAAAAGGCGGCCGUGUGACUGAGGAUCCUCAUCUCUUCGUUCUUUUUUUGGGGAUUAAAAAUCACGCCGAAUCGCAGCGUUGACGGCCGAGCGCCAGCAGGGCCUACGAUGUCCAAUGAAGUGCAAAGACCGGACGACAGCCCCAGCACCAGCGGCGGCAGCUCGGACAUCGAGCAGCGCGAGUCGUCCGUACCAACCGAGCAGGAGCGUGAACAAGCGCAGCCCAAAAAGAAGGAGACCAAGAUCUCCAGUAAAACCGCUGCUAAACUGUCGACGAGUGCCAAGCGGAUUCAAAAGGAGCUGGCUGAAAUUACAUUAGACCCUCCUCCAAACUGCAGUGCCGGCCCCAAAGGAGACAACAUCUAUGAGUGGAGGUCCACUAUCUUGGGACCGCCAGGGUCCGUGUACGAGGGAGGCGUCUUCUUCCUGGACAUUGCAUUCACGCCAGACUACCCCUUCAAACCCCCCAAGGUGACUUUCCGCACUCGCAUCUACCACUGCAACAUCAACAGCCAGGGCGUAAUCUGUCUGGACAUCCUGAAGGACAACUGGAGCCCCGCGCUCACCAUCUCCAAGGUGCUGCUGUCCAUUUGCUCCCUGCUCACAGACUGUAACCCAGCCGACCCCCUGGUGGGAAGCAUCGCCACACAGUACCUGACCAACAGAACCGAGCAUGACAGGAUAGCCAAGCAGUGGACAAAGAGAUACGCCACAUAGACACACACUCAACACAUGCACACACACGUUCACAAGCCACACUCUUGCUCCUCCUCCUCCUCACUCUACCACUCUACCUCUUUCUACCCUCAGUCCGUCAAAGCACACUCACUAAGUGCAUCGCUUUACCCAGUCCUCCUCUUCCUCCUCCCCAAACAUUUUAUGUUUAAAAAAAAAGUAAAAAAAAGGAAAACACACAAAAAAGAAUAAUAAACACAAAAAAAAAUC